AUGGAAUCGGAGAUGAGACAGGAGGGGGAAAGGUGUUACAUAGAAGAGGAAAUGUUUAACGUGCACCGUGGCUUUUUGCCGUUCGCCUUUGGCCUUUCCUCCGCCACCGCCGGCUGUGUUUUGACCGUUAGUACAAUCAGACUAAAAGCGCGAUUUCUUCUUUACAGAUGCGCCGGAUUGAACGACUCGGAUAUAGAAUACGGCGCCUGUCCCGACCCUUGCAAAAACAACCCAUGCAGCGUUGGCCAAAAAUGCGUACCGGACACUCAGGUCUGCCUGUCCUUGAAUCAGAAACCCUGCCUGCAAUACCAGUGCAUCAACGGAACCAUAAACUGCGGCGAUUUGCCGACGGAACCCGUCUGCGACGUCGACAACCGAGAGUAUCAAAACGCCUGCUUCUUGGCGCAUCACAAUUCCAAAUUUGCGUACGGAGGACCGUGCCUUACCAAUUGUAAAUUCGCGGGAAAAGUGUGCGGAAUUAAUGGCAAAACGUACACAUCGGAAUGUGCAGCAUGGGCCGACUACGUGAGCGUGGAUUAUAUCGGUCCGUGUGUGACAGUCGGGUUGAUCACGAACGGUAAUGUCAAGCAGUGUACGACUGUGAAGUGCGGACCGUUGUCUGAUCCCAAAUGCAUAGGGGUGGCGCCGCCCGGGGCCUGCUGCCCGGUAUGUGGCGGCGCCAUAAGGCUGCUAUACUCAUCGCGCCAAAUCACUCGCGCGCUUUACGCGUUCCAAAACAAGUCUACGUCGCCAAUUUCCCUAAAGGGGGUCUUGAGAGCGUUACAAAGGCACAUACAGGUGGCGCAGUGCACGCUACGUGGAUUUCUAAGCGUCGAAGCGGACAUCUUUGUCAUAGUACAGUCGACUGAGAAAUAUCCCUCUCAGCUGCAGUUGGAGGCGUGCGUGAGGGAGGCGGAAAAGUUGGCCAGCUUAGUCAACAAGCAAAGUCCGAGGAUAGUCAGCGAGUUGAGUUUAAGCUGUUUGACGACGGCUAUGACCGUUCACUCGUAUUCGUCCGUAAAUUCGUUCAAGCAGUACAACGCGGCGAAAGGCGCGCAUUUAUUCACGCAAUUUGCUUACCUGUUAAAUAUAUUUAUUAUUUAUUUCUUGGUGUCAUGAUAAUUACAGAUUUGUUAUCAUUGGGCAAAUGAGCCAGUUUUAUCGUUGAGAAGACAAACUUGAUCUGUGAUAUAAUUCUGUACAUUUUGAUAUUGUUUUAUUGUAGUUUAUAAAUAUAGUUUUAAGAAACUUGUUACCAAAGAAAUAGUAUUCAAGCAAAAUUUGUUGCAACGUUAAGCAUGUGCCUUAAUAGUUGUAGAUAUUAAAGAUGUGUUCAGUGAGUAGGAUUUACGUUCUUACAUUAUGUACAUUUAAGACUUCCGUUAACGUGCCAAAAUAUAUCGACUGGCUGGUUUCAAAAUUGAUUAAAUGCUAUAACUAGUCGAAUUUAUUGUUUUGUACAGAAAUGAUAAAUAUAUGUAUAUGCCAUAA